GCCCGGCGCAGCCAUGAAGCGGGACCCGCAGCGCCCUCAGGAGUGCCCCGGCCGGCCCCAGGGGCAGCCCGAGCCCCCUCCUUCGUCCCCCCCUUCGUGCUCCCCGGAGCCGCCGCUGUGGAUCUUCGGGUACGGCUCGCUGGUGUGGAGGCCGGGCUUCGAGUUCACGUCGCGCAAGGUGGGCUUCAUCCGCGGCUACAGCCGGCGCUUCUGGCAGGGAGACACCUUCCACCGCGGCAGCGAGAAGGCGCCCGGCCGGGUGGUGACACUGAUGGAGGAUGGCGGGGCGUGCACGUGGGGUGUCGCCUAUGAGGUCUGCGGGGAGCAGAUUGCUGCAUCGCUCCAGUAUCUGAACAUGCGAGAGGCUGUCCUGGGGGGCUACGACACCAAGCUGGUGAAGUUUCACCCGCAGGACAAGGAUGCAGAGGAACCCAUCCAGGCUCUUGUUUACAUUGCGACCCCCCAGAACCCGUCCUACCUCGGCCCAGCGUCUGAAGAAGACAUUGCAGCACAAAUCAUGGCCUCAAGUGGUUGUGCUGGCCACAACAUAGAGUACUUGCUGAGACUGGCAGACUUCAUGCGCUACUUCUGUCCUCAAGCAGAGGAUAAACAUCUCUUCUCCAUCGAAGAGGCUCUUAUUUCUAUCCUCCCCUGCAUGUGCCACACAGAGGAGUCCCUAGAAGAAACUUCAAGUGUCCCUCAGAAGACCAAGAGCUGAAAUGAAAACGUCUUGCAGGGUUUCAGUGGAAGGGACAUAAGGAAAAAACAAUAGGGACAGUCUUAACUCUGAAAAAUAUACCAGACUGAGUGAAUGAAGGGAAAACUAGCAAGUAGGUGGGGAGGGAGGAAGUGGAGGGGCUGUAAAACAUGUUUGCUGUAGGACUUGCAAUUAGGACCUGUUACACUCCUUACUUGUAGCACCAAGACAGUCAUUGCUGCUUUCCAGGUGGGAAGCAGGGGUCUUGGCUGGAACUUUGCUCUAAGACUUGCUUUUGGGGGUCAAACCAGAAGCAUUCAUCUUCUUAAGAGGGGAAAGAGGCUCAUUGACUUUGCACUUUUUUUUAACUUUGAAGACUAGUUGAGCAGGACUUGACUGGGUUUUAGCAGUAUAUAUGCAAUUCUACCUCAGGCAAAAAGCUGUUUGUGUCGUGGUGACUUGGGCAGGUUCUGCCAAAUUCCCCCCCCCUCCAGUGCAAUAUUAAGUGAACCUUGCCUUAAGUGGCCUCUGUAGGCUCUUGUGAAUCCUACUUCCUUAUGUUGUAAAGGAUCACACUAAUGCACUUAUUUUUCUAAACUGUUGUGUUGUAUUUAUUUAUGUUGCAUAUCCCCUUAGGAGAUGUCUGAACUGCCUGCUUAUGUGCCACUGUGUGUGUAGUCCCCAUUCAACCUUGCAAUUGUGCCUUUUAGUUUUAGAUCAGUUUUAUGAGGAGCUGUGCCUGCUUUAAUGACAGAAGCUUUUCUCCAAGCUUCACUGACCUUGUGCUGCUACAAACUUAACUGACUCCAUAAGAAAUGGUCCUGUCUACAUAGGAAUUCUGUACUGUCUGGAGGAAAGCUGCCUGGAUGCAGCAGCACUUUAACUAGCCCUGUAUUAGAUAAGCCUCUUCUGCUUCAGGGUAACAUGGGUUUCUGGAGAAGCAUUUGAGGGUUCUAGUUCCACAUCUAGAACUGAGUCUGUCUGGUGCAUCCUUACUUCACUGCAAAGGACCGUCACCAAGCAUACUUGCAAGCUUGGGAGUUCCUGAAAUGCCUGCUCUAUCACGUGAAGCAGAGGUACUGCUGCAAGCUCAGACUUCUCAGCUUUAAACGUACUAACAGCUUUAAGCUUUAAAAUCCAUAGUAUUUCGAAAGAAAACUGCUGCUACUACAACUAGCAAGAGAGCUGACCUCUGGGAUGUUUGACUUCUCCCAAAUACUGUUGUUUUUUUUUAAUAAAAAUAGGAAAUGUUUAUAUUACUGUGGCUUAUAUGUAUGAACUGAUGAUGUGCCCAGUAAUAAACUGACAAAGUAAAUGACUUUUGUACUUUUUUUUUUCAAUUAGUGAUUUCAAAUUGAUCCUUACUUUUAAUGUACUUGGCUCUUUUUUGUUUUUUAGACUUAGCUGGUAAUGCUGCUGUAGCUCCCCCCUUUUUUUUUUUUAAGUCUCAUUUCUGAGCAGCUUCCCUCAGCUGGACCUACCAGAAGAUGUACCUUUUGAAUCUUUCCCUUUAAGAAAAGUGGGUUCAGUCAUUUUCUCUUCUCAGCUUCCAGCUCUUGGUGACUCUGGAGUACUAGUGCUGACAACAAACAAGCCAGCCCUCCUGACUGUACAGAGCAGGCACAGAAAUGUAAUGCUCCCUUGGCAGGACAAGGGCCUUUUGCCUGAGUUGAACUUACCCUUGCUGUUUCCAAGAAGUAAUAGUGCAAUGACAAGAAUCUGCCACCCCCAGAUGGCUCUGCUGACUGCAGUGGAGGAGAGGUGUUUUUGUUUUUUUUUUUUUCCCUUGUGUUGUGCACAGUUGCUGCAUACAGGGGUAAUGGGCAGCUGCCCUUCUGCCUGAUUUCUCUUGUUACCAGCUGCUUCAGCACUCAUAGAUUACAGUAUAUACCUGUACUGCCUGUCUCAAGACAGGAGUGAGGGAGUGAAAACUAAUUGAAACAACUUAAUUUACCACUAAUUAAAGGCAGGUGCAUGUUUCAGGGGGAAUAGUCUAUAGAGAGAACUACACUUUCCCUGUUCCACGGAUGCUCUCACUUCAACUGAGCAGCUGCAUCUUCCCCCCUGGGGUGCAGCUGCAGAAGAGCAGAGUCAGCCCUCAGCUGAGAGUAGGUAGCAGAAAGCCUGCUCUCACCUCUGCUGCUGCCAGCGGUGCCCUUGUUAUGUGACCUUGCUGCUUUGAGCAACAUUCUCUGUUUGGGACCAUAAGACAGCUUUGCAAUAACUCCUAAUGCCUUUCUGGAGAUGCUUACAUGUACAGCUGGGGAUGUCCUGUGAGAGAAAGUGGUACUGCAGCUGAGGGGUAUUUUUAUUUUUAAGUCAGUCCUUUGGGGAGAAAUCCCCCCAUUCUCACUCCCAGCUGCAAUAUUCCUGGCUCUUAAUUGCUUUGGUCCUCACCAUGAUGGUCUGAAAGCUCAUUCCUUCCCUGGCUUUUCAGCCUCUCUGGCUUGCUGAAGCCAAGUGGAAAAUUAAAGUGUUAAAGGAAUUAACUUAAUUUGCAUGGAAAUGCUCCCAUAUUAGUACAAGACUGGGGUCAGAUAUCAAAAUAUCUCCACCUAAAACAAAAAAAAUCUUCACACCUUUCAAGUUUUCAGAUCCACAAUCAUUGCAGACAGGAAUUAAUAGCAG